AUGAAAAGAAAUAACAAUCUAGAAAAUAACAUGAAUUUAAGUAUGGGGGAAAUAGACUUGAGUAAUAUUUAUAUGGACAUAUUACACAUACAUGAAACUCUGGUGAAUCAAAUUCAAACUAUUGUUAUAGAAGUUUAUAAUUUAAUAGAAAAGUUAUUAUAUGAUAACAUCGAAAGAAAUAAUCUAGAUAUAUAUAUGUUUCAUGAAAAAUAUAAAGAUAAUAAUAUAAUAGAUGUAGAUAAAGAUAAAAUGAUUAUUCAUUCUUUAAAUAAUUUAAAUAAUAAUUAUUUUGGUAAUGAUGUGAAAAAUAAGUUUAUUUUAGACAAAAUAAAUGAAUGUAUAGUAAAUACUGAGAAUCAGAAAAAGAAAAAAAAAAAGAUAGGUUGUAAGAAGAAAUGUUUUGAUGAAUUACUAAAUUGGGGUAAUAAACAUAAGAAUAUAGAAAUAGAAAGAUUUAAUAGUUCGAUAUGUACAUAUAAAAAUGGAGUAGGUGAUGAUGAUGAUGAAGAUGAUGAUAGUGAAGACGUUGAUGAUAAUGAGGACGAUGAUAAUAAUGAAGACGAUGAUAAUAACGAAGACGAUGAUAAUAAUGAGGACAAUGAUAAUAAUGAGGACAAUGAUGAUGAUUCUAUACAUAUUGAUGAGAAUGAUAUUAUAAACAGUAUAGAAAUAAGAAAUGAUGAUGAUAAUAUUCUUCUUAAUAAAAUAAAUACUACAAAUCAUCAUGAUAAUAAUGAUCUGAACAGUUUUAUGAAUAUAAAUAAUAAAACAAAUAAACAACAUAAGAAUCAAUAUAAUAAUAAUUAUUUUAGAGAAGAACAACAUAACAAUAAGUAUGAAAGAAAAAAAAAAAUUUAUAAAGAAAAAGCUCAAGAGGUUGUUUAUAAAGUAAUGCAUAAUAAAUCUAUGGAAAACGAAAUACAUGAAAAUAAAGUUAAAUUACAAAAACAUAUAGCUAUUUUAGAGCUUAUUAAAUAUGUUAUUUUAUAUUCAAAUCAAAAGACAAAAAAAGAAAAUACAGACAUAAUAAAAAAGAGGGAAAAUAAUGAGAUUAAUAUAUAUGGAAAUGUGAAUAUUACAACUAAGAGACAUAAACAUGAUUUACAAAAAAAUGAAGAAUAUACAAAUGAAGAAUAUACAAAUGAAGAAUAUACAAAUGAAGAAUGUACAAAUGAAGAAUGUACAAAUGAAGAAUAUACAAAUGAAGAAUAUUCAAAUGAAGAACAUACAAAUGAAGAACAGACAAAUGAAGAACAUACAAAUGAAGAACAGACAAAUGAAGAACAAACAAAUGAAGAACAAACAAAUGAAGAACAGACAAAUGAAGAACAGACAAAUGAAGAACAAACAAAUAAGAUAUGCAUGAAUAACACUAAUAUGAGUAUAAAUUCUUAUGAUAACAGUUCCACAAAAAAAAUAAAAGCUGAUUUGAAUCACCAUAGAUUUGAUAAAAGAACAAAAGAUAAACUUACAAAUACAAAUAUUAACUUAUCAAACGUCAAACUUAAAUAUAUUAAUAUUAUAACUUUUUAUAUGGACUUAUUGUCACCAUUCCAUAAAUUCUAUUCUAAUAAAAACGGAACAGCUCAUCAAGAUCAAAAGAAUUUAAUAUUGGUAGUUAAAAAAUUAGAUCAAAUUGUAUUGAAUUAUGAUAGUAUUAUCGAUCAAAUUUUGAAAAAAGGAAAUAUAAAAUAUUUUGAUAUAGAUAAAUUAUAUCAACGUUAUAAGAACCAUAUUAAUAUGAAGACAUAUACCCCACUCCAAUUAAACAAUACACAUCAAUGUGAAAAAAAUAUGGUACAGAAAAAUAUAUGCAUAUGUAUUGAUAACAAAAUAAAUAUGAACAACAAAAUUAUUCCUUGUGAUUGUGCAGAAUGUUUAGAGGAAAAAAUAAAAAACAAAUUAAACGACAGCACAUAUAAUAAAAAUAAUAAUAUUAAUAAAAAAAAAAAAAAUGUUAUUAAAAAAAAAAAAAAAAAUGUUAUUAAAAAAAAAAAAAAAAAUGUUAAAAAAAAAAAAAAAAAAAUGUUAAUAAAAAAAAAAAAAAAAAAUAAUGUUAAUAAAAAAAAUAAUGUUAAUAACAAUAAUAGUAAUAAUAAUUAUAAACCCCCCAAUUUGAAUAAUACAUAUAUUAACUGUUGUCAUGAUUCUCAUUUAUGUUCUAGAAAAACAAAUGACCAUGACAAUAAUGAGAACAAGUGUUCUCAUAAUAUUAAUAAUAGUACACCUGUAAGUACUGUUAAUAAUAAUCAAAAAGGUUCAGAUAUAAAUAUGUUGGAUAAUAAAAAUAUAAAAAUAAAUUGUAAUAAUUCAAAUGAGAAUUGUCUAAAAGGCUCAUAUAAUAAAUCAGAUAUUUGUAAUACACCAAAUAUGGUUAAACCUAAAUAUUCUAAUAUUUGUCCUAUUACUCAAAAGGUUAUACAUUCAAAUGAUUUAUUAAGAAAUGAUAAUUUAAGAGAAAAUUAUUUGUCACAAAAUUAUUCUAACUAUUAUGAAGAGAAAGAAAAAAACAUGAACUGUAAUAAUGAUAUAGAGAAAAACAUAAAGGAUAAUAUUUUACACACAAAAAUACAAGGUUGUCAUUUAAAUAAUGUUGAUUAUGAUUCAGAUUCAAAAUUUAAUAAUGAUAAAAAUAAAAGAAUAAAUAAUUUUCAUCAAAAUAAAAAUCAAAAAAAUUAUAUGAUACCUUUUUCUAAUGAUGAUCAUAUGGUUAAUUAUAGAAAUAUUUCAAGUUCUAAUUAUAAUCAUAUAAAUAAUAUUCCUAAUUAUUUUAUACCUUUAAAUAAUAAUAAUGAAAAAAAGAAGUUGCAAGAUCUAGAAAAAAUAAAUAAUCAUAAUAAUAAUAAUAAUAUUAAUAAGGACACAUGUAAUAACAUAAAUAUUAAUAAAAAAGAGAAUGAUAUAACACAUCAUGAGAGUGUCACAAAAUCGUGUAGAAAUAAUACAUGUACUAGUUUAAAUAAUAAUAAUAUUAAUAGUAUGAAUGUGAAUAUUAAUAUGAAAUUAAAUAUUGAAAAUAACCCAUUAGUAUUGUCUGUAUCUUCUUGUUCAAAGGAUAAAAGUUUUAUAAAUGAAAAUAAUGAAAAUAAAGAUCACAUCCCAUAUAUAUAUAAUCAGGUUAAUAUAAAAAGUGAUAAACAAGAAUAUCUUAUAUCUGAACCUACAAAAUAUAUUCAACAUAUAAAUGAAAAGAAUAUUGCAGUAAAUACAGUUAAUAACAUGAAUUGUAAUUUUGUAGAGAAUAUGAAUAAAGAGGUUAUUACAACUAUAUAUAAUGAUAACAUAAAUAUAUAUGAUCAAAAUAUAAAGAAACAUAUGAAUAAAUUUAAUGAUCAAACUAUAACUCCAUCAUCAAAUAAAUAUUCAGAUCAACAUGAUGUAGAACGUAUAAAUAAUAAAUCAAUUAAUAAAAAUUUUGAAAAUACUAGGACUGAAGAAAAUAUUUAUUAUAAUAAUACUAUUGAGAAUUAUGAAUAUAGAAAAAUGUCAAGUGAUAAUAUAAUUCAUUCAAACAUUUAUUCUAUAAACAAUGAAGAAAAUAAUUGUAAACCUAAUAUUAUAAUAAACGAACAAAUAUUUCAUAAAGUGGAUGAGCAAGGAAAUUUUAUAUAUAAUAUGACACAUCAUGAUAACAGACAAAACCAAAAGUUGUUAUUAGAUCAACUGCAUCUUGAUUCAUUAUGUGAGACAAACGACAGAAGGAAUAGAGAACAAUUUGUAACUACACCUCUUUAUAAUAAUAUGUGUAAUAAUAUGUUUGUAGUUAAUAGGAACAAUAAUUACAAUGAUGAGGAAAAUAAAUAUUUAAAUGAUAUGAAUAAUUAUAACAAUGAUAUGAAUAAUUAUAACAAUGAUAUGAAUAAUUAUAACAAUGGUAUGAAUAAUUAUAACAAUGGUAUGAAUAAUUAUAACAAUGAUAUGAAUAAUUAUAACAAUGAUGUGAACAAUUAUAACAAUGAUAUGAAUAAUUAUAACAAUGGUAUGAAUAAUUAUAACAAUGAUAUGAAAAAUUAUAACAAUGAUAUGAAUAAUUAUAACAAUGAUAUGAAUAAUUAUAACAAUGAUAUGAACAAUUACAAUCAUAAUGUGAAUCAUCACAACCAUUAUAUGAAUCAUCACAACCGUGAUAUUAAUAAUUACAAUCAUUGUGUUAAUAAUUAUAAUCAUGCAGGUAGCAACGACAAUGCAGAUAAUAAAUACAACGACAAUAAUAAUUACAAUUACAAUAAUAAUUACAAUGACAAUAAUAAUUACAAUGACAAUAAUAAUUACAAUGACAAUAAUAAUUACAAUGACAAUAACAAUCAUAAUGAAGAUGGUUAUCAAAAUGCAGAUGCUAACUACAAUGAUAAUAAUUACCUUAACCGUUCAGGUAGAAAUAACAAUAGUAGUAAUAAUGAUGGUGGAGAUGGUGAUGAAAGUACAGAUGAUAAUAAUGAAAAUGAUAAAGAAGGAAAUGGAGAACAUGACGAAGAAGAUGAAGAAGAAGAUGAAGAAGAAGAUGAAGAAGAAAAUGAAGAAGAAAAUAUCAAAGAAGGUGGUAACCAAAAUGAUGAAGAAAAUUACAGAGAAAAUAAUGAAAAAGAUUAUAAUCAACAUAAAAAUUAUAACGAUCAACUUAUGAAAAUGGAAGGUGAUAAUAUUUUUGAUAAUAGUACUAGUAAUGUUUUACACAAUACUUGUUAUUCAUAUAAGAACAGAUAUAAUGAUUCUUAUGAUUACUUAUUGUCAGGUGAAAAUGAAAUAAUGCCACAAAACAAUAUUUAUAGAUCUCAAGAAAAGGAAGUAUCCAUAUCACAAGAAAAUAGUUUUGUUUUUCAAAAUAAAAAUAAUGGGAAUCAGUAUGAUGCACAAAUGAGUGAUUUUUAUAAUUUUCAUUUGAACAAUAUGAAUGAUAUGAAUGGUAUGAAUGGUGUGAAUGAUGUGAAUGGUAUGAAUAAUAUGAAUAAUAUGAAUGAUAUGAAUGAUAUGAAUGGUAUAAAUAAUAUGAAUAAUAUGAAUAAUAUGAAUAAUAUGAAUGAUAUGAAUAAUAUGAAUAAUAUGAAUAAUAUGAAUAAUAUGAACAGUAUGAAUAAUAUACCCAAUAUGAAUAAUACAAACAGUGUAAAUAAUAUGAAUAGUAUGAAUAACAUGAAUAACAUAGUCACUAUAAACAAUAUGAAUAGUAUAAACAAUAUGAAUAGUAUAAACAAUAUGAAUAGUAUAAACAAUAUGAAUAAUAUAAACAAUAUGAAUAAUAUAAACAAUAUGAAUAAUAUCCAGAACGUAAAUAAUUUAUACAAUUUUUAUAAUGACAAUGAAAACAGCAUAAGUGUUCCAAAUGCCCAUGCAGAUUUUAUGAGUGAAAAGACGAAUGAGGAAAAAAUAUCUUCAAAUGAUUUAGAUACAUAUGAAAAUCUUAAUAAAGAUAUGAUAACAGAUUUGAGUGUAAAUAUGAGUUUAAAGAAUUAUAAUAAUGAAAUGAUGAAUAAUGAAAUAUGUAGUUCUUACUUUGAAAUGUAUAAUAAUAUGGAAGAACCAUAUAAUAUGAUGAAUAAUAACAAUAGUAUUAAUAGUACUAAUAAUAGUAAUAAUAAAAAUAAUAAUAAGAAAAGCGAAAACGAUGAUAACAAUGAAAAAAAUGAUAAUAAUAAUAUUAAUAAUAUUAAUAAUAUCAACAAUAACAACAAUAUAAACACCAUCAACAAUAUCAAUAAUAAUAAUAAUAAUAAUAAUAAUAAUAAUAAUAAUAAUGAUGAUGGGGAUAAUAUUCCAUUUGAAUGUGAUAAGUGUAAUGUCGAUUAUGAUAUAAUGAAUUUUACAAACAAUACCUAUAUGGAUAUACAAAAAAUACUUCAAAAUGAUGAUAUAUUAAAAAAAGAAUUUGCUAAUAUAGAAGAAUGUUUCAAAAUACAUACAUCUACUUCUAUGGAUUAUAAGAAAAUAAAAAGUAAAGGUGAAUGCUGUCAUCAGAAUCAACAAAUAACAUACGAACAUUAUGAUCGAUUGAAGCAUUCUAAUAAUAAUUUUAUAAGGAAUAAUGAUGAUAUAUACAAAAAGUUAAGUAUUGACGAAUUUUUUCUAAAUCCAAAUAACAUAGCAGCAAAUAUUAUAAACAACGAUAUGAUUAAUGAAAAUAUAAAUAGUGACAUAGAAAAAAUUAUGGAUAUAAUGACUUCAAAUAAUAAUAAUGAAAGAGAAAAUAAUAAAAAUUGUUCAAGACAAGAAGAUGAAAAGGGAAGACAACAAACUAAAGGAAAAGAAAAAGGUAAAGAAAGAGAAAAAUAUAAAGAUAAAGAAAUUGAUAUAUAUAAAGAAAUGAAUAAUGAUAAUAUGAUAAAUGAAAAUAUGGAAAUACAUGGAGAAAACAUUAAUUUUAAAAAAAAAGAGUCUACCAAUUUUUCAUCUUCAUCGUCAUUCAAUAUGUCAAAUAAUAACAAUAAUAAUAAUAUAUAUAAUAAUAAUAUACAUAAUAAUAAUAUACAUAAUAAUAAUAUACAUAAUAAUAAUAUACAUAAUAAUAAUAUACAUAAUAAUAAUUCAUUUGAUAUAUCAAUAAAAUGUAAAGAUAAAAAAAGAAAAAUAGAUUCUCUGAUUAAUGAUAAUGAGAAUAUAAUCUCAUCAAAUGAUUCAAAAAUGGAAAGCAUUCAUGAGCCAUCACCUUCAAGAAAGUUUCAUAAAAUUAAUGAAGAUAAAAGAAAAAAAUAUCAAAAAAUGGAUAUAAGAACCUUAAAUAAAAGCGUUCAAAAGAACAAAGAAAUAUGUACUAAUUGCUAUAUACAUUAUGAUAAUUUUAAGUCCAGUUAUAUUUUAACUUUUAUUAAUAGAAAACAAAAAAAGCAAAGAAAAAUUUUCCCUGUAGAACCUAAUGAAAAGGAUGAAACAUAUAUUGUACAAAUUAUAAAAUAUAUUGAAAAAUUACAGGAACAAAAUAAAAUAUUUGGAAUAAACCCAAAUGAGGAAACAAAGGAAAAUAAAAAUAGUUGUUCAAAUGAAGGUGAACAACAACAAUGUAUGUUAAUUGAAAAUACAAAUAUAAAUAAUAGUAAUGAUAAUAAUAUGAAGGAUAUUAAUAUGAAUGAUAAUAAUAUGAAGGAUAUUAAUAUGAAUGAUAAUAUUAUGAAGGAUAUUAAUAUGAAUGAUAAUAUUAUUAAUGAUAAUAAUAUGAAGGAUGAUAAGGUUGCUCAUCAUGAUAGUAUGAAUGAUCAUACGGUAAUUAAUAAUGAUAAUUCGAAUGAUAAUCAUAUGAAUAAUAAUAAUAUAUAUAAUAAUGAUAAUAUAUAUAAUAAUGAUAAUAUAUAUAAUAAUAAUGAUAAUAUAUAUAAUAAUAAUAACAUAUAUAAUAAUGAUAAUAUAUAUAAUAAUGAUAAUAUAUAUAAUAAUAACAACAUAUAUAAUAAUGAUAAUAUAUAUAAUAAUAACAAUAGCAGUAACAACAAUGCUAAUAUGAUGAACCAAUUUCUUUAUGGUAAUAAUACAGAAUAUAUUUUAAAUAACCAAGCUACAUUUAAAAAUAAUGAACACAAUGAAAAUAAAAGUAAUUUAAUAAAUGAUAUGAACAGAAGAAAGGAAAAUAUAAAAAAUAAUAAUAUGAAUAAUUUUGUACAGAAUUUUAAUGAACAAUUUUAUGUACAACAAACGAAUUUUAAUUAUAUACAUGACAAUAUUAAUAAUAUAUCUUCUAUAAAUAAUAUAAAUGAUAUAAAUGAUAUAAAUAAUAUAAAUAAUAUAAAUGAUAUAAAUAAUAUAAAUGAUAUAAAGAAAAAUAUGAAUCUUACAUAUUCAAGAUCUAUAAGUAUGUAUGAAGACAUAAAUAUCCCACAUAAUGUUGAUUAUAUUAAUUAUAAUAUAGAAAAGGAUAAUGUAUACGAAGAAAACUAUAAUAUAGGAUUAAACCAAUGUGCAUCAAAUAAUACAAAUAUAAAUAUGUUUUUUGAAAGUACUAACAACAAGGAUAAUUUAACAAAGCCUUUAGGGGAUGUAUAUACAGAAGAUAUGAGUAUAUCAAAUAAUAUAAAUAAUAUGAAUAAUAUAAAUAAUAUGAAUAAUAUAAAUAAUAUGAAUAAUAUGAAUAAUAUAAAUAAUAUAAAUAAUAUGAAUAAUGUGAACAUUAUGAAUCAUAUAAAUACUGUCAGUUGUAAUAUAAAUAAUAAUUCAUUUGCAAAUAAUUUAUAUGAUAACAAUAUAAUUUCACAUAAUAUGAAAAAUAUCAUGUAUCCAUAUAUAAAUAACAAUAUCAAAAAAACAACGAAUAAAUCUAUUAAUGAAAAAAAUCAAGUGAAUAUAAUUAAUAAUAUUCCAUACACAAAUUAUCAUAAUCUAACAAAUAACAAUGAUGAACAUACUAGGGAAAAAAAUUUUCAUAACGUCAUGAAUGAAUAUAACAUUAAUAUAAAUAACAACACAAAUUAUGUAGAUCGAGAAGGGGAUGAUAAUAAUAUUUCACGCGAAAAUAAUAUGUAG